GAGAUUCAACUCAAAGCAGCUAAUGGCAUUUUCACUUUUGUCUUUCCUUCGCCAGAACCCAUUCUCUUGUUACUUUACCUUUGCGUUUCCUUUAUACCCUAUCCUUUCUUUGCAUACAUAAAUGUCCACUCUCAAAGAAUAACCAGCAAUUAAUUGUACCACGAUUUCAUCUCCCACAUCAUAAACCAUGAAAGAUUCACUGGGUACAGACUCGACACCCUCUGAACGCAUGUUGAACAAGCCUAUAUAUGCAGCUCUCAAGUCAUUGUCCCACAAAGUAGGAGGCAUGUUUUGCUGUCAUAAUAAUUCAGCAAACACGUAUAAGCGGUUAGACACUAAGGUCGAACGGAAAAUGAUGGAAAUCAAGAGAAGCACAUCUAAAGAUAGCAAUUUCAGAUCAGUCAAUGGCAUAAUCCUGAGGUUCCCUCAAAUCAAAGAGGGACUCAAGGACAUCAGAGGUGUCUUUGAACAGUUAGAUGAAGAUUCUAAUGGAACUAUCGAUCGUGAGGAACUCAAUAAAUGCUUAGAUGAUUUGCAAUUUCAUCUUGCGGAGAAGGAGAUUGAUGAUAUUUUUCAAUCAUGUGACGUUAAUGGAAGUGAAGGGAUACAAUUCAAGGAGUUUAUUGUUCUUUUGUGUCUCAUUUAUCUUCUAAUGGAUCACUCAUACUCUCCUCAAGCUACAUCACAGAUAGGAUCGCCUCAGCUUAAAGCCACCUUUGAUACCAUCAUUGAAGCAUUCUUGUUUCUUGAUAAAAAUGGUGAUGGAAAGCUGAACAAGAAAGACAUGGCCAAAUCACUGAACGAAGAUUCUCCUUGGGAAAAAGCCCCUGCGCACAUCACGAGGAGUCGAUUCCAAGAAAUGGACUGGGACAGGAAUGGGAAGGUCACCUUUAGAGAAUUCCUCUUCUCUCUGAUCAAUUGGAUAGGGAUUGACACCGAUGAUGACAAUCCUAUGAUAGAAUGGUAAACUAAGUGCUGCACAGCAUUAAGAGGAGCGAGGGAAAAUGUCAAGAUCAGAUCAGAUUUAGCACUUGUACAUAUGAUACUUCUCUUCCUACAUUACUUCAAAAUUGUUGGUUUUGUGUUAUAAUCUGAAUAUAGCUCCAUAUUACCAA